AAAAUUAAAGACCAGCACAAAAUCCGAAUAGAACCUGGAGCACUUUGGGCUUCAUCUUUAUUUCCUUUUUAAUGCUUGUCUGAAUAAAAUGUGCUUUGAUGCAAUCAUAAAGUCGUUAAACGAUUCCAUUUAUCAAAAUCCUUGCAAUGGCCGUUUUCAGUCCAAGUUAUUCUUCUACUUCCCCACUCCUCCCCUUCAAUGACUCGCCGUCAAAUUCACCGUUGUUCCCUUCACACCGCCGUAAUUUCCGCUGCAAUCUCAGAGUAAAAGCCACCGUCAGCCUUGAGUCUCCGUCGUCUUCCGCCACCGGCCGCCGGGAUGACUCGCCCGAAGUUUUACUUGAAGUGAAGGACCUAUCCGCCGUUAUAACAGAAUCGAAACAGCAAAUUCUAAAAGGCGUUAACCUUACUGUCCGUCGAGGCGAGGUACAUGCUGUAAUGGGUAAGAAUGGUUCUGGAAAGAGCACCUUUGCCAAGGUUCUUGUUGGGCAUCCAGAUUAUGAAAUUACAGGAGGCAGUGUGUCAUUUAAAGGUGAGAAUCUACUUGAGAUGGAGCCUGAGGAAAGAUCUCUUGCUGGUCUUUUUAUGAGCUUCCAGUCCCCAGUUGCCAUACCUGGAGUAAGCAAUAUUGACUUUCUUAACAUGGCGUAUAAUUCUCAAAGGAGGAAACUUGGAUUGCCAGAGCUGGGACCAAUUGAGUUUUACGGGUACAUUGCACCGAAGCUUGAACUUGUCAACAUGAAGAUAGACUUCUUGAACAGAAAUGUAAAUGAAGGAUUCAGUGGUGGAGAAAGGAAGCGCAAUGAGAUUCUGCAACUAGCGGUUCUUGGGGCUGACUUGGCAAUACUUGAUGAGAUCGAUUCUGGUUUAGAUAUUGACGCACUUCAAGACGUAGCAAAGGCAGUAAAUGGACUUCUAUCGCCAAAGAAUUCGGUGUUGAUAAUUACUCAUUACUUACGAUUAUUGGAAUUCAUCAAGCCGGCCUAUAUCCAUAUCAUGGAGAAUGGGAGAAUCGUGAAGACCGGAGACCUAUCAAUAGCUAAAGUUCUGGAGAAAGAAGGCUACAAAGCAAUUUCUGGCGCAUAGGGCUGCCAUUCUGGUAUCGUCUCAUCAGCUACACAGGAAAUUUUGCUACUGCUCCAACAUUAUUUAAGGUGGCAAUAAGUGAUGCUUCCACUUUGCUCAUCAAAUGACUCAAAAUGUUAAUACUCAAUUGUCUCAAGAUGUAAGAGUAACGAUUAACCAUGCCCCUUGACGUAGGCAGAGGAGGGAAUUCGGCUGCCAUGAGAUUGAGUCAUAUAAUUGUAUUUUGUUCCUCCCUGUCUCUUUAUCUUUUAUGUUUAGGGGGCUAGUUGAUUAGUCUAUGCCUCUCUUCUUUAAAAAGAGCCUGAUGUUCGAGUUUAUGUAUUUUGUGAAGAGCGUCGAUGCUGUAGACAACUUUUUACCUCUUAAUUCAAUUAGGGACAGUUGUUUUCUUUGGUCCCAAAGUUAUUGGAAAAA